AUGUCGAAACAGCCCCAACCCAGACGUCAAUGGUCAAUGGAGGAGGAGAUGUUGCUCGCCUUUUUCAUGUCUAAAUAUCAAUUUGGAGUUGCAGAUCUAUCAUGGCUUCUAAGAUUACACGACUACCAUCGAACGGAGAUUGCCAUCAGGCUACAUCGUGCACAAAUGCAAAAAACGCAAAAGAUGGAUGGCAGUUGUGCCGAAUGGGGAACUCUUCUAGAUACAGCUGUAGGGGUAUUUUCUGAAAGCUACAGAGAGACCCACCAUAUCCGUCAAAGCAGAGACCCUUUAACUCUUGAGGAGCAGACUAUUCUCAAGAUCGCGCAGUCCAACCCGCCCCGGUCAAGCCGCCCUAACAGAGGAACUUCACUCGCCUCCCACAUGAUCCUUUCGCCAUCGCUUCCGCCGUUUGCAACGCUCGAGCUCGAGACAAUCGAGCUAACUCAGAUGUGGGGAAGAUCGGUGCAUGAUACAUUAGAGAAUACGAGAGAUGUGACAUCAAGCGAGAAUGUCCUGGUCGGAAUGCUUGAAAGUCUAGGUGACAGCACUGGCUAA